CGCCUUCCUCCUCCUCGCCGGCCAUGCCGAGCGGCAGCGCCUCGCCGUCGCCUCAGGAGGAGUCGCCCGAGCUGGUGUUCCUGCCGCCGCCCAGGCCGCCGCCGGGCCUGCUGCUCCAGUAUCACCAGCACCAGCACCACCACGCCGCGGCGGGGACGGGGUCGGCGGACGCGCGGCUGCUGAGGGCCCGCCUGGCUGGCCUGGGCCUCCACGAGGAGCUGCUGCUGCUGGAGCCCGGCGGUGGAGGAGGAGGAGGAGGCCCGGCCUCGCUGCUGCUGGCCUCGCCGCCCUCGCUGCUCUCCCCCGGGCUAGGCUCGGGGCUGCCGCCGCCCGAAGUGAGUGGCGGGGCGCCUCCGCCGCUCUACGGGCCGAGCGACGAUGCCCACCCCGGGAUGAUGGCGGCGAUGCUCUACGGCGGAGGAGGAGGAGGAGUGGCGGCGGCGGCCGGGGUCGUCCCUCCCGGGCUGGCUCUGAACGGCGAGCAGGCGGCGCUGCUGCUGCGGAGGAAGAGCGUCAACACCACCGAGUGCGUGCCGGUGCCCAGCUCCGAGCAUGUGGCCGAGAUCGUGGGGAGGCAGGGCUGCAAAAUCAAGGCCUUGAGAGCCAAGACGAAUACUUACAUCAAGACCCCUGUCCGUGGAGAAGAGCCCGUUUUCGUCGUCACCGGACGCAAAGAAGAUGUCGCCAUGGCCAAAAGGGAAAUUCUUUCUGCUGCUGAACACUUCUCCAUGAUAAGAGCAUCGCGGAACAAGAAUGGCCCAGCUCUGGGGGGACUGUCUUGCAACCCCAACCUGCCGGGGCAAACCACCGUUCAAGUCAGGGUGCCUUACCGGGUGGUCGGGCUCGUGGUUGGCCCCAAAGGUGCUACGAUCAAAAGGAUCCAGCAGCAGACUCACACCUACAUAGUUACUCCCAGCAGAGACAAAGAGCCAGUCUUCGAGGUCACCGGCAUGCCUGAAAAUGUCGACCGCGCCCGCGAAGAGAUAGAAAUGCACAUUGCCAUGCGCACUGGAAACUACAUUGAACUGAACGAAGAAAACGACUUCCAUUACAACGGUACAGAUGUGAGCUUCGAAGCGGGGAGCCUGGGAUCGGCUUGGCUUGCUUCCAAUCCAGUACCUCCUCCAAGCCGUACCAGGAUGAUUUCGAAUUACAGAAACGACAGCUCCAGCUCUUUAGGAAGCGGCUCCACCGAUUCCUACUUUGGAAGCAAUAGAUUGGCUGACUUCAGCCCGACAAGCCCGUUUAGCCAAGGCAGUUUUUGGUUCGGGGAAACGUUGCCUUCCGUAGGGGCAGAAGAUCUCGUCAUUGACUCUCCCGCAUACGACUCCUUACCGACACCUUCUCAAACCAUCUGGACACCUUUUGAACCCGUCAACCCGCUCUCCAGUUUCAGUAGCGACCCCGCUAGCGUCACAAAAGCUCCACGGAGAGGCAGUCAGCCAUCCACUCCUCGUCUGUCGCCGACCUUUCCCGAAACCCUCGAACAUCCCCUGGCUAGGAGAGUCAGAAGCGACCCGCCCAGUACAGUCAACCAGGUCGGCCUCCCGAUCUACAUCCCUGCUUUUUCCAAUGGUACCAACAGCUAUUCUUCUUCCAACGGCGGGUCCACAUCUAGCUCCCCUCCGGAACUGAGACGUAAGCACGACUGCGUGAUAUGCUUUGAGAACGAAGUAAUCGCUGCCCUGGUUCCGUGUGGCCACAACCUCUUCUGCAUGGAAUGUGCCAACAAGAUCUGUGAAAAAGAAACACCUUCGUGUCCAGUUUGCCAGACAGCUGUUACUCAGGCGAUUCAGAUUCACUCUUAAAUAUAUAGAAGAUAUUAUAUAUGGACUUUUUAAACUCUUGGCUUGGAUGUAAUGGUGGCCCCCCUAAGUAAACUUAUAAUGAAUUCAGACUGUUAUCGGGCUUUCUUGGGGUUAGGCUAACGUUGUUUGUGAGGCAUGUACUCUUUUUGUUGUUGUUGUUGUUUAAACAAGAAACAAAACAAAAACCGAGGCUUGUGCGGUUAACGCAACGCCUAGCCGAUGUUUGUCCGUUUUGGUUCCGGCUGUGGCACCUUGUGGCAGAAUUAACGCCUGAGAACGAAGCUGUGACGUGGCAGGAGCGAGCGAUGGGGAUCUCGGAUCAGUUUUUGGAAUAUGAUAAAACGUGCUGAAUAUUCGUGGGCUUUGCGGAUUGUCUCGACUCUUGUCUUGAGUGGUUCCCGCUCGCAAGGGCAGAAAGCCCUGUAGGACCCUGAAUUCCCAGCGAAGGGGGAGGGUUGCAAAGGUUUAUCAAUGUAUCAGACACACUUCCAAUGCUGCCUUCUUGACACUGCCAGUUUUUCAAAACAGGUUUGGGGGCAUUUCCCCCCUCCCCCUUCCUUUAAGGCAUCGGCUUCCCUUAUCCAGCAGUUGCCAAUAAUCGUUACGAUGCACAAAUCCAAUUUUCUGGCAUUUGGAAGAGUCACAUAGUGGUAACUUUUAAAAAAUAUAUAUAUUAUGAAAUCAUUGUUUGGGGUGGGGUGGGUGGACAGAGGAGGCAAACGGUAUGAAUUGUUGACCUCCUUUCUCACCCAGUUUGCAAAUUUGAAGAGAAUCAGGAACGCGUGGGUCUUCCACCACUGAAUUGUGGGGAAGUCUGUCUCCCCUUGGUCAUCACUGCUGAUCAUGCAUGCCUGCUUGCCCAGAAUUCUCCCACCAGCAACGGCUUUGCUUCCCCAAUAACAUUCGAAGCAAAGGGCCCCCCCCCCCGGGUGUCUUACGUACGCUUCUCUGCACAAGCAGAUCGGUUUCCUCUGCUGAAACGAUUGGAAACUUCUAUGGGUGCAGUGGGGCACGCAUGGGAUUCUGAAUCUGGGCGAGCGUCACUAAGGGCUGUAGCAUCGCCAUGUUGAGUGCAGUCCAUUUGGCUCUUCUCCCCCCUGCCCACCCCUUUUCCAUUUGCAUUAGAGGGGAUGCAGGUGGGCGGGGUGGGUUUGAAUGCACCCAUCAGUGCCGAGAGCGGGGAUGCUUACAUUCCAUUGGCUCAUUUGAUCCAUUGGCUCAUUUGAUCAAGCUGUUCUUAAAUUUAGCUCCGUUGGAGAACGUGUUCGAAAAAAUGUGAAUUUUUUUUUUCCUUUUUCACGUUUCAUCCGUUGAACUUGCACAUGAUCUGAAACGCAUUUUGUUUUUAGUAACGUAAGGCGGGCGGAAUAACCCUCGUCUGUGUGCUUCCCCCACCCCGGUCCCAUUCAUGGAAGCAGUUGUGCUUGCGGCCCCACCAAGCUGUUUCUCUCAUUUCAAAGCAACUCUUCUCUGUCCCGAGCAGCUCCCAGCCCCAUUUUUUCUUUACAUUUCAACCUGUGGAUGUUUCUAACUUAUUCAUCCUCGGAAUGUUCCCAAAUCUGUGCUGGCAUUUAAAAAAACAAAAACAAAACACACUCAGAAGUUCUGAUGGAUUUCUUUAUUUUUUUAUCUUUUUGUCUUUUUUUGUUUUUUGAGCAAUAUUUUCCCGAGUCGAAACAAAAUAGUUUUCUUUUUCCCUCCUCCGUAUAAGCAAAUUCUAUGUGUAUCGGACUAGUAAAUAUACAGAAAUCUUUAUUUUUUAUUUCCACUUGAAAGAGUUACAUUUCGUAUAAAAAAAAAAGUUUACAGAUAACGGUUUUUAUUUUUUUUUUCAGUAAGAAAAGGUUGCCUUGAUGGCAUAUUAGUAUUGUUAUUAUUAUGAGAUGCAUAACUUUAACGCUAACCGCUUGUAGGAUAGUUUAAACGUCAGUAUUGAAACCUUUAAUCUUUAGCGGCAGUCUUGUAGAUAGAUACGAACCAUCUUGUUCACCGAGCAUGUGAUUUUUGUAUUUUAUUGCGUUGUACACGGCAACUACUAAAGCCAAGGAGUCUAAGAGAAGUUAGGUGCGUGUACCGUUUUCUAUAAACCACAGACUCAAGAAUGACAGCUCUCAAUAUAGUUUAGUAUUUGCUAAUUUUACUACACUCUUGUUUUUUUGUUAUGUAUAUGUAGGGAGGUCAUAGGGAUUAUAAAUUCAAUUUGAGUAAAGUUUAAAAAAAAAACCAUAUAUAUUUUAUGAUAAAGGGCCUUUAACUUAUGGUGGCCAAAGCACUGAUAUUAUAUAUUUGCUGUAAAGAGAAUUAUAAGAGUUUUAUUUUUCUGAUAUUAAAAGUUACUUAAUAAAGACUUGUUUCCAUUAA